ACCACAUUGAUCCAACAUUCGCGUUUCCAACAUUCUGUUUCUUAUUGUAUUUUUUUAUUAUUUGUUCGCUAUUUAAAAAUAUCACACACGGGAAUUAUAUAGAUAAAACGUAUCACAUUCUAUAUUAACAUUUAAAUUACUUGUGCCAAAUGUUAUGUUGGCCAGUGAUAUGUCGUGUAUGUUAAUUACUUAAAAUAUUUUUUAAGAGAGAAAUAAUUAUCACUUGCAUAUGCAAUUAAAACAAAACGUCACAACAUAUAAUUGCUAAUAAAACCUGCUAAGAUAUUAAUUGUACUUCAAGCUAUAAAUUUCAUGUAAUAUUAUGUCAACUGUGAGUGCUCAUAAUUAAAAAUAUGUACUUUACACUUCGUUACACAUGUCAUUGUAGCAUUCACAAAACAUUUACGAAAACAUUUCACAAUGCGAUCAGGUAGGAAAGACCAUCUGCUGCCUACACAGGCAGAUAUAAAGAGCGGUGAGAAAAGGUAGUGGUGGCACUCGUACAAAAAGGUAGUGGGAGCGUUAAACGUAUUUAGCUGAACGUUGAACGCUGCUUCCUCGGACCAGUUUCUCUCCACUCCCUCUACGUGAAACAAUUUUUCGUUUCCUGUCAGGAUGCACAAAUAUAAUAUCGUAUUGGGUAUUUUUUUCCUGUCUUUACUGCACAUGACGCAUGGUUUUGUAUGUUUCCUGCUUCAGAUCGGUCUCAAGACAAUGGAGAAGACAAACGUCUGCAGACUUUGAUGUUUUGAUAUUUACUGAACGAUGGCCGUUGACAGCAUGUUUUGUAUGGAAGGAAAAUUCUGAGUCGCACAGUUGCUUAUUACCUAAACGUGAUGAGUGGACCAUUCACGGAAUUUGGCCCACGAAAUAUAACACAAUGGGACCACAGUAUUGUGACAGAUCGUUGCCAUUUAAUGCAAGCGCUCUGGCGCCUAUAGAAAAUGAAUUGAAAGAGAAUUGGAUCGACAUCCAAAAUGGAUCCAAGCCCUAUACGUUUUGGAAACACGAGUGGGACAAACAUGGUACCUGUGCAGUUGUAAUAGAAGCUUUGAAUAGUGAAUUAAACUACUUCGAGAAAGGUCUAAAAUUACUUGACACCUACAAUAUGAUAGUUGUACUAGCGAAAGCGAAUAUUUUACCAGGUGAAACAUAUACGAUAGACGUGAUGUUAACAGCAAUUGAAGAAGUGUUGGGCAAAAGAGGUCAAAUAACGUGUGCGAAACAUGAGAAAACGGGUGAAUCUUAUGUGAAUGAGAUAAGGAUUUGUUUCGACAAGUCAUUACAAUUGACUAAUUGUGACGGCAUUUAUAAUUUCCCUACGAACUGUGAUAGAAACAAACAGAUAAUAUAUCCCAGUUAUGUACCACGUUAUCUUGCAAAACAAAUGUAACGAUAGUAUUAAAUCAAUGUGGGUGCAUGUGUAUGUGCGUGUGCAAACUAAAAAUUAUUAAACAGUAUUAUAUAUGUAUGUUGUGUGUGUAUAUAUAUAUAUAUAUAUAUAU